AUGAUCUGCAAUCGGUGUCGAACAAGCAUUCUCUCCCGGCUGCAGCCAGCAGUCAGGGCUUCAUCUCGCCUGCAACUGCGAAGCUAUAGCGCGCCGCCGACCCCCCGCCAGCCCGUCGUGGGCGGCAUCACGAUCCCCUCGGCGAUUGCCACGCCUGGAGCCUCGCAGCAACCGCCCAGCAGCACGCCCGAGGGAGUCAGCGCCUCCGGUAUCCCCGCGGAGGAAGUCCCAGCAGCCGUGGAGCGUCCCGUGAGCAUCUGUCCGGCAGGGACGAAGCUGAACGGACUCAAUUAUUUCAAAAACAAGCCUGACGUCCUAGCCCUGGAGGAUAGCGAGUACCCGGAGUGGUUGUGGGAAUUGCUCGAUGAUGCUUCUAAGAAAGCGAAGCUUACAGAGGGGGAAAUCGAUCCGAACACACUGAACAAAAAACAACGCAAACGAUACGAGCGCAAACUUGAGGCAAUGAAAUCCGACCUCCCCCCCCCGAUCCCCGUCCAUCACUACGCGACAGACAUCAUUCCCGACCGGACGGCCUCGCCUGUCGCACAGGCGUUCCAGAGCCUCGAGAAGCGCGCCGAGAUCACUAAGGGCGCACGGGCGGCGAGACGGAAGAGUAUCCGUGAGGACAACUUCCUGCGCGGGCUGUAAACUCGUUUUCGUUUUUUCCAGCGCAGCCUUUUGCUCCUCCCCUUUUUCUGCCUCCCCCAUGUA